AUGUCUUCUUCCAACGCCAGCCAGCAGAGAGAUAGAAUAUCUACACAGCAAUACCAAUGUGAUCAAUGUGUCUUGUUUUUUGAUAACUACCAGAAGCUGCAAAACCACAAGAGAAUUCACAGAGGAGAUUCAGCAACAAUGACUGAAAUUGACCAGUCUAUUCUGGAUGAUGUUGACAUGUACCAUAACGAAAAUGAUACUAGUAAUGAAGAUGAAUCUGUUAGCAAUUCAGAAUAUACUAUGGAGUCUAUGGAGCUUGAUAAUACUAUUUCAUAUAAGUGCGCAUGUAAUUUUGAGGACAGUGAGGGUGAAGCUCACAUUUACGACAGCAGCCAAAUCAGUACAAAUACUUUUACCAAAGCCGAGUUGAUGAGUAUUCAUCUGUCUCAAUUGAUGCUACAGCAUAGAAUUGCUAGAGCAGCAUAUAGAGACAUUGUUCAAUUUAUAAACACUGUCAUCCGAGACCAUGACGAUAUAAUGAUGGAACCUGGGGCUAAGAUCAGUCAUGGCGAAACUGUUGAUGCUUUGCUCAAGUCAAAGUCAAGUGUCAAGGGCCAUGAGUAUGAUGUCUGCUCUAGUGGUUGUCGAUUGUAUGGCAUUAAUGACGACCAGGAAUCUUGUGUUAACUGCAGCAAACCGCGAUACAAGACUGAUCCCAAUCAAAGUCAGACACCAGCCACCAGUAUGAAACUUAUGUCAGUUGGGGAUAUGCUUUCUCAAAUGUUGGCAGAUCCAGCCACAAGAGAACUCCUCUGUUACAGAGCAAACCAGGAAUCUGUAGCUGGUCAGCUAACCGACAUUUUUGAUGGUGACAAUUACAAGCAGUUGGUGCAGCAGGGCCUGUUCUCCAAUCCCGAUGAUAUUGCCAUUGAGCUUUAUACCAAUGGGUUUGUCAAUCAAAAGAAAGGCAAAAACUCAUAUACCAUCAUCCAUUGCAUAAUAUUCAACCUAGACCCAUCCAUCAGAUAUACCAACAAAUACCUUUUGCAACUGGCAAUCUUGCCUGACCCCAAGAAGCCAACUCAUUUGGACUCCUUUCUUAUACCCAUCAUCAAUGAAUUGCGAGAUCUUGAGGCACAUGGCUUGGUUGUCAAGCACAAUGGAGUGGAGCUUUGCAGAUUCAAGGUCUAUCUUCUGCUUGCUUCUGGCGAUAUUCCAGCUGUAGCUGAUAUGGCCCACAUUGGUUCCCAUACAAGUUUAUUUGGGUUGCCGUUUUUACGGCAUGGCAUGUACUUUGAUGACAUUUCCGCCCGGUUAAGACCUUUGGAAGACUUCAAAGUAGGCAACCCUUCGAAGAACAUAUACCAGCCAAGCAUAUAUACCCAACUCUCAACCUUCUCUGGAUCAUCAUUUUUUGCAUUAGAUGAACUUCAUUUAAUUGCAAGAGGGAUUGGAAAGCUUGUGUAUGACCUGAUUACCAUCACCCUCACAAAGGAAACCAAAUUUUAUUAUACCCAUCCAGACAAUACCCUCAAUACCACUGAAUACCCUUUUCAUAUACCAAGAGCAGACCUUGUAACAAUCGGAAACUGUAUCACCAGCUCACGAAAAUAUAUACCCACCUCAUUUCAAGGCAGUUUUGACAACGUAUUUGCCAAGAUCGAUGGUACUCACGCAGUGGACUGGCUUGACUUUCUCUUAUACCUUGUCCCCACUUUGGUCGUGCCUUAUUUACCAAAUAGGGCUGUCAAAACAGCUCUAUUAUCUCUCAUGAAAGGUUGCGCGCUUGCCUUGCAAUGGACGUUGACAUCAGAAUUGCUUGAUGAGAUGGAGUCCACUGGCACUCGUUUUUAUACCAACAAGUCCAGAAUAAUACCCUGUCUCGUAGUGUUUUCCGACCAGUGCAACAUUACCUGGUCCAUAUACCCUAUAUCAUCAAGCAGCAAGGCCCCCUGCGAUGCUACUCCACUCGCUCAAUGGAGAGAUCCAAAUCAAAGGGUGGCCAAAACGCCAGUUUUCUCAUUGAGCAAUUUGCGAUUCACAAUUAUACCAGCACGGCAAUCAGCAUCUCCAUAUGGAAGAGAGAGCUACAUGGACCUUCCUAAUGAUCCUAGUGGUGCGCAGUUGUGGGAGCCAUUUCAUCAGUUUGUUAAUUUGAAUGAUGAUUCGGUGGAAGGUGUAGGCGGCCCUAGUGUGAAGGAAGCUUUAUUGAAAUACUACCGGAGAACAACAGGCUUGACUGGCCACGAGUUUGGUGACUCUGUUGUUGUUGUAGCUGCACGUCUCAACCGUAAUGUAAUUGUUCACAGCUGGCUCGUCGGUACAGUACAGUUCUACUUUCAGCAUGUAGAUUUCUAUGGCUUCCCACACUUUCUUGCUUUUGUGGAGGUCAUGAAGGAACAUGACACGGCUGGUCAUGACUCAUCAGUACCUAUCGUCAAACAACGGUCACAAAGCACCUGUACACUAGGCCACCAAACGCAACCAACUUAUGCAGUUAUAAGUGUAAAUGACAUUUGUCAUCAAGUUGGUCUGGUCCAAUACCCACCGAAUGGAAACCAGUUUUAUGUAAUCGCGCCCUAUUAUAUCUUUAACAACAACAUGCGCAUUACUAAAGGCAAUCUUUCCAUUCUGUAA